AUGUCGAUCUACCCGGUCCCCGAAGUUUACUUCCUCUCAGAGACCAUCCCCGUCGACAACAGGAAUCACGUUAUCUACGAUGUUAACUUCUACUCAGACACCAUCAGCACACUCGUGACGGACUCCCCAGCCAUGGUCAUCCGCUGGCUAUCCGAGACCAACCCUGACCAGGCGAAAAUCUUCGUGGGCCUGGACAUUGAGUGGCGACCGUCCUUCAGUCGCAACUUCUACAACCCCGUGGCCACUCUCCAGCUCUGCGUCUCCCACCGCUUGGGCCGUACACUUGAUUUGAGGACGGAGGCAGCGGACCGUUUGGGAGUGCCGGAGCUGAGGAACGCAGGGUUGAGGCAGUUGGCUGGAGAGGUGCUGGGGAAGGAUUUGUAUAAGCCGAAGCGGAUCACGUUGAGCCGGUGGGACAACCAGGAGCUAACUCCAGAGCAAGUGAGGUAUGCAUGUCUUGAUGCGUUUCUGUCGUGGCAGAUCGGGUAUAAUAUUAUUCCUGGUUGGGAAUGGGCUUGCCCGUUUAGGAUGUUGAGAGGUGUUGGGUUGGGAGGUGUUGGGAAGUGUUUGUACCAACGAUCCCGAACGUCUCAAACAGUCAAGGGUUAG